AUGUCUGAAAACGACGACUAUCAAAUUGCUGUAAUCGACAAUGAAAUAGACGCUCGUGUAUGUGCCAAAUUGGUUGCAGAAGAAUUUGCUUCGCAUGAGGAUUUGGCGCAUUUUGCUCAAUCAACACCCGAAGAAUUAUUUAUCGAAUGGCUUUGGCCUUUAACGAGCGCUCUAUUUCAUGAAAAAUUAUCACUUCUUAUGCGAUAUCGUCCAACCAAUGAAAUUGUUGCAACUGUCAUCGCUAGUGAUCUAUAUCUAUAUUGUAAAAAAUAUCCAUAUGAUACAUUUAGUCCUGCAUCUGAUGAUCCAGUACUAGAUUUAUUAGCAGAAGCUCUUGAUGAAUUUGUUCAUCAUGAUUUCAAUCAUGAAUUAAAACCAAAUACGGUUUUAUUUAUUUCCGUUGGCGCAACACGACUUGAGCACACAGGUAAAAAAUUAGCUGCUCAAUUACGUGCUCAUCUCUGUAAUUAUGCAAGAGAAAUACACAGAUUUCAAUAUGCAUUAGUACAGACGACUAAUCCAGCAACACGUCAUAUCUAUGUUAAAAAAAUGAAUGGAAAAGAAAUGAGAAUAAUUGAUCCAGUAACAUGGAUAUGGAAGAAGAAAGGUGAUGGUCUAUCAUAUCCCCUUAAAGAUUACAAAGGUGAACCAAUAGUCAAUAUUCUUAUCAAUUUGAACGAACUAAAACAAUAUAAUUAG